AUGGAUCCUCUAUCAGUCCCAUCAAAAUUCCCUCCAAAAACAUCCAAAUUUACACAAAAAAAUUCGGAUAAUUCAUCUACAACCAAAAUUGAUUCGAAAACACGUGAAUUCUUACAGAAUAAUCAAAAUCAAAAUACAAAAGUUGUCAAUGAUAUUGGUGAUAUCG